AUGAUUUGGCCAAGUCCAGUUCAGAUGUCAGAUCUCACAGAGAGGGAUCAGCCCGAAGUCAAGAAACUAUUGGACAGGCUCGUCACGAAAUUCAGGUACGAAGAUAGAAUAAAUAGAGGAUCAAAUCUAUCUGGGUCUACCAACAAUUCAAGAACUGGUGUAGCCGCUGGAUUAGCACAGCGAUUCAGAGACGACGAUGCUGCCAAAAACGUCAACUCCCCCUCUGUCGCUCUUCUUUUUUCCCCUCUUCUUCUGCUCUUUGCGACCCCUCCAGCCAAGCCUUGGACCUCUUCUGUAGCAAUGAUAAGCUUUCUACAUGAACCUGAAUUCACAUACGUAUUUAUUCUUAAAUCACUCCUAAUUGGACUACUCAAUCCAUUCUGGUUCCUUAUCAUAAUUCUUUCUAGACUCUACACUUAUCUUCGCCCAUUUCGACUAAAAUUCUGGCCCAUCUGUUGUCUUCUACAGUUCUCCUCUUUCAUUCUCUCAAUCAACGCUUGGGCUUGUUACUUCACAGAAUCAUAUAUUCUCUGUGAACAUCGAAUAUACCAAUGGGAUAUGGAAGAUUCACCAGUUGAUGGAAUCAUUUGCCAAGUGGCGGUUAGAAGAAAUUCAGGAGAUAUGGAGGAUAAAACGAAUCUUCCGAUUGGAUUUCAAUUCGAUGAUAAACUGGACAUUUCUAGCUUACGAGGGUAUUAUCGCUUUCGUUAA